GAGGUCUACAAAUUUCAAAUCUUUGUAAAAUUAUUCACUCUAAUCAAUAAUAAUUUUUCUGUUUCGACAAAAAAAAUUACUACUAUUUGCUAAGUUAACAAAAUAAAACACACGAGAAAGCCAAACAACGAAAGUAACGAACAACCGAAUCAAUGAAAGGUGUUUCAAAGCGCUUAGUUUUGCUACGAACAACUUGGUCCCGUAGUUGUUCACAUGUUGCAUUCCAUCAUAACGUAGCUUCAGAAACUAGUUCACUGCUCAACCACUGCUACAACAGAGAUCUUCCCAAAGCCAUGCAAACCUUGGAUACCAUGGAAAAACGCGGAGUUUGGGCUGAUGCAAUAGCGUAUUCUGAACUCAUCAAGUGUUGUUUGGCUCAUAGAGCUGUUAGGGAAGGAAAACGCGUUCAUCAACAUAUAUUCUCAAAUGGGUAUCAGCCAAAAACGUUUUUGAUCAAUGUUCUUCUUAAUAUGUAUGUGAAAUUCAAUCUUUUAGAAGAAGCACAUAUACUGUUUGAUAAAAUGCCUGAACGGAAUGUUGUUUCGUGGACCACCAUGAUAUCUGCUUACUCUUAUGCUAAGCUUAAUGAUCGAGCUAUGAGGCUUUUGAUUUUUAUGUUUAGAGAUGGUGUCAUGCCUAACAUGUAUACUUUCUCAUCUGUUUUGAGAGCGUGUGAGAGGUUAUGUGAUCUUAAACAGGUGCAUUCUAGUAUAUUGAAAGUAGGGUUGGAGUCGGAUGUUUUUGUUAGGAGUGCUCUUAUUGAUGCUUACUCGAAGUUGGGUGAGUUGUUGGAAGCUGUAGGUGUUUUUCGUGAGAUGGUGACCGGAGACGCUGUUGUUUGGAACUCUAUUAUUGCUGCUUAUGCUCAGCACAGUGAUGGGGAUGAAGCUUUAGAGCUGUACAAGUGCAUGAGGAGAGCAGGGUUUCCAGCUGAUCAGUCGACACUCACGAGUGUUUUGAGAGCGUGUACUAGUUUGUCAUUGUUGGAGUUAGGGAGGCAGAUACAUGUACAUGUGUUGAAGUUUGAAGAAGAUCUUAUUCUUAACAAUGCGCUUUUAGAUAUGUAUUGUAAGUGCGGUAGUUUGGAAGAUGCAAAAUUCAUUUUCAACAGGAUGGCUGAUAGGGACGUAAUUUCCUGGAGCACCAUGAUUUCUGGGUUGGCUCAAAAUGGUUUCAGCAUGGAAGCACUCAAUUUAUUUGACUCCAUGAAAGUCUCGGGUCCAAGACCAAACUAUAUUACAAUUCUUGGGGUUCUGUUUGCAUGUAGUCAUGCAGGUCUAGUAAAUGAAGGUUGGCACCAUUUUCGAUCUAUGAAGAACCUUUACGGGAUAGAUCCUGGAAGAGAACACUAUGGUUGCAUGCUUGAUCUUCUUGGAAGAGCAGGGAAGCUUGAUGAAAUGGUUGCGUUGAUUCGUGAAAUGAACUGCGAGCCAGAUGUUGUGACGUGGAGGACUUUGCUUGAUGCAUGUAGGGCCCAUAGGAAUGUGGAUUUAGCCACAUAUGCUGCUAAGGAGAUUAUAAAGUUGGAUCGACAAGACACAGGAGCCUAUGUAUUAUUAUCUAAUAUUUAUGCAAAUUCGAAAAUGUGGGAUGAUGUUGCAGAAGUUCGGAGGACUAUGAAUGCAAGGGGGAUAAGGAAAGAACCUGGAUGUAGUUGGAUUGAAGUCAAUAACCAAAUACAUGCUUUUGUUGUGGGAGAUAAAUCUCAUCCUCAAAUAGAUAAUAUCAACAGAAAGUUAAACCAAUAUAUUAAUAGACUAACUGAAGCUGGUUAUGUUCCUGAUAAGAAUUUCGUGCUACAAGAUCUUGAAGAGGAACAAAGUGAAUGCUCUCUUCGACAUCACAGUGAAAAACUGGCAAUUGUUUUUGGUAUUAUAAGCUUUCCUAGGGAGAAAACUAUUAGAAUAUGGAAGAACCUAAAGAUCUGCGGAGAUUGUCAUAUAUUUGCAAAACUUAUAGCAAAGCUAGAACAGCGUCACAUUGUAAUUAGAGACCCUAUUCGAUAUCAUCAUUUUCAAGAUGGGGUAUGCUCUUGUGGUGACUAUUGGUAGCAGUCUAGCAGAUAAGAUGCACAAGACACAAGACAGAAUCUAUGACUACCAUUAGGCUCAAAGCAGCAUAGAUGAAUCCACAAUCAACUGAUAAAAUGACAGAAAGCUUGCAGCAGUGGUAUUUCUAAUAGUUAACAUCUUAUGAUCUGGAGUCUAAAUGUCCAGAAAUUUUCAAUAUUUAAGUCUUUUGGGCAGGCAAAGGCUCUCUCUAAGAUAAUUCAGAAGUGAGUUUUGGAGAAUUCUUGGUAUGGUGGAAGUUUAUUUGGUGAAUGCUUUGAGGAUGUUAGGGUUGGUUUAGCUUAUGAUUGUAAAACACUAUUUUCACAAUGUCACCGUGCACUGCGAUUGAAACUUGGAGCUUCAGUUGACCGCAUACCGCAGUUCCAAACACACCAUCAGAUGCUGGUUACAGAACUCGGAAUGCAGGGGUUAUUAUGGAUGGCAAUUUAGUGGGGAAUAUUCUGGGAGGAGUAUUUGACAUGCAAACAGAACAGAACAAAUGUUCUAUUUCACCUUUUCAAAGGAACCAAAUGUAUUUAUAUACCUUAUAUCCUGAAUUAUUUAGUUUUAAUA